CUAGCACCUCCUACGCGUUUCAUCUCUCUAAUAUUCCUAAUUUAACCCUGCGUUCUUUAUCUUCCACCUNCACCUGCGGUUGUUGAAAGGGUCCACUUUCCCGCAUUUCCCCUUCACAUGCGCAAUUUCAGGAGGGAGUUAAUCGCCAGCCGUUACAUCCCAUCGCCUAUUACAACGCGCUCCAAUCAUGGUCCUCACUAUUCCUCCCCCAAAACCAGAGAAUCGCACGCAGCUCCUUCGCCGGCUGUACCACAUCAUACACGAUAGACAUCAUCUUCCCCAUUCCAAAUCCCAGGAGUAUCGCACCUUUGCAAUUGAGUUCCGCAGAGACCUGGCCGAAGCUUUCACACCUCACAGCCCACUCCGGUUUGAUCCAUAUCAUUCGUGCCCUGUUGAUUUCCGGGAAGAACACAUUGCCCGAAACCUUCGUGUCAAAUUCAAAGGUCCUAAAGAAGACCUGACCUGGAAGUUUAGGAAAGCAUCACGUGCAGCCACUGAGGCAGAGUGCGAGGAGUAUCUUCAAAUGCUGGAUGAACAAGACCAUAGAAUACGUGCAUACCUAUCCAACAUAGGUCAGCCGCGAUGGGCACGUUGUAAAAGUGGGCCAUACCGGUACUCCGUAAUGACUUCAAACGCUGCAGAAUCAAUGAACAAUGUCAACAACUCGCCACGCGAAUACCCCAUUUGCAAGCUAGUCGAUUUCAUUAGCGAAAGGAUGCAGAAAUGGUUUCAUGAACGGUUUGAAACAACUUCAUCUACCACAACCAUUCUACCAAGGAAGCUCAAGUCGGACCUAAUUACACUACAACGUGAGGCAUUCAGGAUGAAGGUUAAGCCAGCUUCCCCAUACAAGUUUGAGGUUGUUGACAGGUGGUCUCGGACUUACAUUGUUAACCUCAGAGACAAGUCGUGUAUAUGUGGUGAUUUUCAAUUGGACCAUUUUGUAUGUGUCCACGCCGUAGCAGCAAUUGGAUCUCGUCCAGGCCUGUCAUGUUACAAUUUCAUCUCAACUUACUACAAACGUGAAUCAUUGGUAGCCACCUACAGCGGUAUUGUGCACCCAAUAGGCAACCAAUCUACCUGGUACAUCCCGCCACCUGUCAAAGCCCUUGUUUGCAAGCCCCCAUCAUGCAACAAACGCCCACCUGGGAGGCCAAAGAAACGGAGGUUGCCAUCUGUUGGUGAAUUCCACUUGGGCAAAGUCCACCCACACAGUAAUGACGCCACUACCCACAAUGAUCACAACUUUCACAACGAGGCAUAUGUUAACUCUGUUUGCAAUGCUAAUCUGCAAAGCAAUACAUACUCCACACCUCAGAGGAGUGGCAGUGGAAUUCUGGGUAAUGGGAGUUCAUGCACUCCACGAAGUCAUGUUCACACUCAAAAUGCAACAGACCCUAUACCUCAAGGUGGCUCAUCAUCUUCUAUGGAUGUCAUUUCACAUUAUCAUCCCACCACCAUUAGGGUUGACGGUAUCUACAAGUCAAAGGAUGAUUUAUGCAAACAUCUACAAAUGUAUGCUGUGUACAUGUCUAAUAGCUUCCAGUAUAGGACAAAGAGGUCAAACAAGUCAUGCUUACACGUUGUUUGUGAUGAUGAUCGUUGCUCAUGGACCCUUCGUGCUGUUCGAAUAGAUAAUUCACCCCUUUUUCAGAUACGCAGGUUUGACUCAAUCCAUACUUGCCCUGUUGAUUUUCGAGAAGGCGAUCACAGACACGCAACGUCAUCAUUUGUAGCUGAUAUUCUCCUUCAUCGUUAUGUGGACGCUACCAAGAAACCAUACCCUCCUAAUGACUUGCGUGAGGACAUGAGACGGGAAUAUGGCGUUUCCAUGUCAUAUAGGAAAGCUUUACUAGUCAAACAGAAGGCAUUGACCAAAUUGUAUGGCUCAGAUGAAGAUUCCUACCAAUUAUUACCAUCAAUGUGCUUUAUGUUGGAGCAGAAAAAUCCAGACAAGGUUUUCCCAAAUGUAGAACAUGGUUACUGUACUGAGCACAUUGCCCGAAACAUACGGGGCAAGUUUAAGGGACCGAAAGAAGAUCUAGCGUGGAAGUUUAGGCAAGCUUGCCGUGCAGCAAUUGAGUUUGAGCGUGAGGAGUAUCUGCAAAUGCUUGACGUACAAGAUUCAAGAAUCCGCUCUUACCUCUGGGACAUCGGCGAAUCUAAAUGGUCACGUUGCAAGAGUGGGCCAUUUCGAUACUCGAUAAUGACAUCUAAUGCUGCAGAAUCAAUGAAUAAUGUUAGCAACUCUGCACGCGAAUACCCUGUUUCGAAGUUAGUUGAUUUCAUUAGAGAAAGGAUGCAAAAAUGGUUUCAUGAACGCCAUGAGAGAGCUUUAUCUACGAAAACAAUUCUUACUCAAAAUCUGGAAUCUGAGUUAAUAUCUCUACAACGGGAUGCCUUCAAGAUGAAGCUACUGCGUCUCGCCCUGGUUUGUCAUGUUAUGAUUUCAUCUCACCGUACUACAGACGGGAAUCAUUAGUUGCAACUUACAAUGGCAUUGUGCACCCAAUAGGAGAUAAAUCCUCCUGGAGUGUUCUGCCGAAUGUUUCAUUAGUGAUUUGCAAGCCUCCAUCUUGUAAUAAGCGUCCCCCGGGUAGACCAAAGAAGAGGAGACUUCCAUCAGUCGGUGAAUUUCAGAUAGGCCAUAGGCGUAGAAAGCAAAGAUGCACACGGUGUUUGAAUUUGGGGCAUAACGUAAAAACAUGCAAAAACCCAAUACCAAAUUGACACUGCACUCUUUCAUAUUCCGUAUAAUAUACAAUUCUUAAUGCU